AUGGACGGCCUGUGUGGCAACCUGGCUCGUCUUAUGGUUAUGUUGUCGCUGGCUGGAGGGCAGGGGAUUCAAACCAGCCUGUGUUUGGAUUCCUUACUGAUUCCCCUCCUCUAUGUUUCCUCAAUAGAAAGAAUGAAUUGCCUCCAUUCUUUUCCAAAUCUCCAUCUUUCUACUGAUUUUGUACAUAAUUACAGUUUCUUCCCUCCAUUAAAAAUACAGCACAGCACUCAGUCUUUCUCAUCAACUCCAUACCUUCACCAUCGCAAGAAAUGUUUCUCUGUUGCUUCAAACUCUUCCACUUCCCUUCGAAGAAGAACAAAUUAUCAGCCGAGCUCAUGGGAUGACACUCAAAUACAGUCUCUGAAUACUUCUUCUUUCACUGGAGAUGUGCAUGAAAAGAGAAGAGAGAAGCUGAAGGAGGAUGUGAAGCUUCUUAUUAAGGAGAAGAGUUUUGCUGAUCAGCUGGAGCUUUUUGAUUCACUCCAAAAGCUUGGAGUUGCUUAUCACUUUGAAGAGGAGAUCAAAUAUUUGUUAAAUUUGAUGAAAUUUUCAGAAGAGAAGUUAAGAAUGGAAUUCAAUGAGGACAUUCAUGUCAUGGCCUUGUAUUUUAGGCUUUCAAGGGAGCAUGGCUUUGAGGUCUCCAAAGAUUUAUUGGUUAAAAGCUACAAAGAUGAGAAUGGGUGCUUCAAGCCUUUUGUAUUCCAUAAUAUCAAAGGAAUAUUAAGCCUUUAUGAGGCUUCAUUUCUUGCAAUGGAUGGAGAAGAUGAAAUAGAUGAUGCUAUGGAAUUUGCUCUGAAACAUCUCAAUGAUUUUAUGAGAUCAAAUUUGUCAGAAAAUCCAUUACUAGCACAACAUAUAGCCAUAGCUUUGGAGCUUCCUUUGCACCAUAGAAUUCUAAAGUUCCAAGCUCAAAUGUUCAUUGAGCACUCUCGUCACAUCAAAGAGAUUAAUGUGGACCCAAUUGUGCUCGAAUUGGGUCAAUUGGACUUCAACAUGACUCAAAACAUCUACAAGAGGGAGCUCAAGGAGAUUUCGAUGUGGUGGACAAAAAUAAGUAAUGUAUUCGAUGGUAAGUUAAAUUUUGCAAGAGAAUGGCCAAUGGAGAGCUACUUCCUAGCUGUUGGUAUGGCUGUCGAACCUCAGUUCUCAACAUGUAGAAAAGAACUUGCUAAAGCAUUAUGCUUUAUAAAUGUUAUAGAUGAUAUCUAUGACAUCUAUGGUUUGUUGGACGAGCUUCAGCUCUUUACUGAUGUUGUUGAUAGGUGGGACUUUGCUACAAGCAAACCACUUCCAGAAUACAUGAAGAUAUGUCUUUUAGAAUUAUUCAAUACAGUGAAUAGCUUAUCAUGCAAAAUCAUGGAAGAGAAGGGGUUGGAUAUUCUCCCAUAUCUUAAAAGAGCGUGGUUAGAUCUAUGCAAAGCAUAUAUGGUGGAGGCAAGAUGGUAUUACAUUGGAUAUAGCCCUACAUUUGAAGAAUAUUUAGAUAAUGCUUGGAUUUCAGUUUCAGCCCCUUUAGUCUCAGUUAUGGCACUUUGUCUGAGUGAUAACUUAACAAAUUUUUCACUCGAAAGCUUCGACUUCUAUCCAAACAUCAUCCGUCAAUCGUCUAUUAUUUUUCGGCUUUACAAUGAUUUAGGAACAUCAAAGGGUGAGCUGCAAAGGGGAGAUGUUUCAAAAUCCAUCCAAUGUUACAUGAAAGAGAAACAUGUUUCAGAAUUGGAGGCACAAGAGUUUAUAAGGAAUAUUAUAAAUAAAUAUUGGAAAGAAUUGAAUAGAGAAUGGAUAAAAGGCUUAAGCUACGAAGAAACAUUCAAAAUGGUUGCAAUAAACUUGCCACGAGCUGCUCACCUUUUUUAUCUACAAUCAAAUGGUGAGAAUAUUGGUGAGCUUAACAUAGACAAAAUGAAGGAUAAUGUCAUCUCACUUCUCCUUGAACCCAUUACAUUCAACGAAGGUGAUUAA